GCUGUCAACUACUAUAGUGUGACGUCACGGAAACUCAAAAUCCCGAGGCACAUGCAACGCAGCAUUACUCACAGCAAAAACAAAUGCCUGCGUGGCUUUACGAACCAUAAGCGUUUGUGUCAACUACUCACUAGCCAGCCACGAAAAUACAUCCCGCUUGACUUUAAUUCGUCUCAAAGAACACGAGGAUGAAGAGUAAGCCACGAACGAUCGCGCAUUUGACAGAGAAAAUGUACUUGAAGCUCCCACAUUUUCCUUUAGUAGCAAAGCUGACUUCACGUGCAGCCAAAAAGACACUCACCAAACUACUUCAGCUGUAAACAAGACGGGAGUCCGCUGGAGAAUCGAUCUUCUCUGGUCCCGAAGCUCAAGACUGUGUUAAAUUCCUCAAUUUUGUUUAUUUUUACAAACACUUGUCUUUGACAGUUUGUUGGCGUUAAAGGGGACAACACCACUGCAACGUUCAGGGGGGAAAAAGGCGUUGUGCUGUGUCGCGUUUGUCCAGCAGUAACCUUCGACCAUUGGUUGACGGCCACGUCAAUCACAUCAUUUGAGCGAGACGAUUGGCCAGUCGUGCCAAACGUAAGCCCGUAAACAAAAUGUACCUCAUAUUCUUAUUGCCCCCAUAAUCAAUACGGCUCGUUAAUAUGGACUGGAUGCUUUGUUGCUCCUUUUAAUUACACAGAUUGCAACUUUUGAGUUACGUUACAUUAAAAGAGUAUACAGUGUCAAAUGUGGUAUGAUAGAGACUAUCUUCCUUUAAAAGUUCCAUAAAAUAUGUCAGGGGUUUUUAGAUAACCCUUUGGAGCUAACGAAGCAAUACUGAUGCCAGGAUCGGCCUGUGAACACAGACAGAUAUUGUCAACACAUUACAUACACACACACAUACACAUCCACAAACACAUACACAUACACAUUCAUGCAUACAUACAUACAUGCAUACAUACACACACACACACACACACACACACACACACAUUCAUGCAUACAUACAUACAUGCAUACAUACACACACACAUACACACACACAUACAUACAUACAUACAUGCACACACAUACAUGCAUACAUACAUACAAGAAUGCUACAGAAAACAUCUGCCUUUAAUAGGAGGAUGCAGUACUUUGCCUCUCCAGUAGAGGGAGACUCUUUGUACAUUGCAUACUUACCGGAAAUGACGAGGGCGAGAAGGGUCCGUUGGCGUGGUAACCAUAGACAUCUUAUAAGUAGACGCAGCAUCGAGCGCUACUGCCUACUGGCGCUGACGAGACGCGGGGCCGCCAUCUUGGAGUGGUGAUCCGCUCCACUCAGUGCAAUUCAUUUCGCAGGAGCAAUGAACUGUCAGCGCAUUUAAUUAACCUUACCUCACUGAAUACCAUUGAUUUUCACGCUGUUUUUUGGUCAUACGUGUAGCUGUGAUAAAGGACACAUAUUUUUGGCGUGUUUUAUUAUUCAUAGUUUGCUUAACAGUAAUAGAAUAUUCUUAUAUGCUAUAAGUGACCAGACGUCCGAGAUCAAAACUGGGAAUAUAAUCCCAGAGAAGGGGGGGAAAAAACAGUCAGCUAUUUUUAAAUUGAAGAAACAAUAUCCAUCCAUCCAUUUUCUACCGGUUGUCCCUUUUUGGGGAUCGCGGGGGGUGCUGGAGCCUAUCUCAGCUGCAUUCGGACGGAAGGCGGGGUACACCCUGCCCAAGUCGCCACCUCAUCACAGGGUCAACACAGAUAGACAGACAAUAUGACUAGGUUAUAUAUACAUGCGUAUAUCCUACAUAAACAAUGUAUGAAUACAAAGAUAUCUAUUUAUCAUUGGGACUGUACCUCUGUUGCUGCAGCAGCAGAGAGUUUAUUCUGUCUUGACACUUUGUAUUGAUAUUUAGUAUUACAUUCUUCCCUUAAAUGAUCAUGUUUACAGUGAUUGUUUUAUAUGUAUUUUUUAUGUAUGUCGCUUUGGAUAAUAGCGUCUGCCAAAUACUAAAACAUAAACAUAUAUAAAUACCUGAAAGUCUUUAUAUCAGCUAAAACCACCAAUCUGUUUCACUGGAUUCAGAAUAAAACCAAAUUCUGUCUUACCCAACAAUGUUAGUAUGUGAAUAUUGUUACUUGAAGACUUAUACAUUUUUAAAUGUAAUUAAUUUCAUUGACAAGCAAUUCUAUUAUGGUCAUACUCUUGUUUGCUAGCGGCUACAAUUUCAGUACUAUUGAAGAUCUUUGCUCCUCCUUAACUCUGUGGUAACAUUCUUUUUACAAAAUACAACCAAUAGUACGUUAAUGUUAAUGUUAAAUCUUAUUUGUGAAAAGUAAUCCCCCGAUUCCUAUUUUCAACAGUCCGCUCAUUUGAGCAGGAAAACGCUGAACACCAGCCCGGCAUCUUUGUUUUCUACCUGUUAACUGUUUGUUUAGGCUGCUCGCCAGGUCCUCAUCACCACUUCAAGAUGGCGGCCGAAUUUCUCGCGUCACAGCAGUCAAUGCUGCAUCUACUUAUAAGAUGUCUAUAGUGGUUACUGUUGAGUGCAACAUCCGGGUACUUUGCCGUUCUUAUUAAUGUGAAUGCACCGACGCAGUCAAUAUGUUAAGUGCGCAAAUUGUUAACUUAGCCACAAACACCUUAAACACCGGCCUCCGACCUAGAUGACAAGUGUACAAGUUCAACUGCAGAAUCCUUUCACAAAUAUUGUAAAAACUAGGGCUGUCAAAAUAUGAUUAAUCACACACAAAAAACAUCACAAUAAUCAUGAACACACUUAGAUCAAUCAUGUAAUUUAUUUUUAACCGUACAAGCUCUUUGACCUUAACCACAAUAUGGUCAGUGAUCAGAUGAAUGCACCCGCCAGUAAAAAAAAAUGGUAUUUUCACUCCAAAAUACUUUUGAAAAAACUGGUACCAAGUUUUGUGCAAAUAAAUGACAUGCCAUCUAUCCAUCCAUUCAUCUUCUGCUUAUCCGAGAUCGGGUCGUGGGGGCAGCAGCCCAAGUAAAAUGUUUAAAAACGUUUCUGGAUGACAUUUUGAUAAUAAAAUUGCAUUUGUGUAGGAAUAUUGGGGUCUUUUCUUAAGCAAAUUUCAAUUAUGCACGUGAAUAAUCACCUGUAAAUAAUCCUAAUCAAACCAAAUUCCAAAAUGUGAUUAAUCUGAUUAAACAAUAAUCAUUUGACAGCCCUAACGGAAACAAAUCUUUUUUAAAUACAUUUUAAAACCAUAACCAUAAGUCACAGGCGUCAUCAUUUAAUGUACCCCGCCACAUCAUUUAAAAAGUGGGUCGUCCCAUCAUUUUAAUGUGGCACACCACUAAAUUUGAUGUAUCCUGCAAUAGGCUGGAUAUAAAAAAGUACUUUCUGGCUAAAUGUGUUUGUUCUUUCAAUUACAUUUGUCCUAACUAUACAUUUUAAUAUUAUCUGAUGUCCCAAUAUUUCGUUGGGGUUAUCAAAAAAAAACACUUAAAUAUCUGCUUGUCAUCUAGACUAAUGAUUUCAAAGCAAGUUAUCCGUCAAUCAGUAAAAACUAUAAUAAUCAAAAACAGUUGCUUUUUCUUUUUCUUUAAAAAGGCUAUAUUACGUUUAUACUCAUAUUAUUCACUGUGACAUGUGGUCCUCCGAGGGCCCUCUGAGAGCAGCUACAAUUGUGGACCUCAAUAAAAAUGAGUUUGACACUACUGCCUUAAGUUGAUUAGUCUCUGGAACAGGUGCAGUGUGUAGUUUGUGUGUGCAUGCAGCUCCUGCUAAAAAACUAAUCACUGUGCGGGAGUGUGUGUGUGUGUGUGUGUGUGUGUGUGUGUGUGUGUGUGUGUGUGUAUUAUGGGUGUGCCUCAGUUUGCUCCAGGCCAGGGUCCCAAAGAUAAUGUUGGAAUUCAUGAGAGGAUUGCAGAGCCUGGGUUCCUUCCUGUCACCUGACUCCAUCACUUCCCAUGUUUGGUUUCCUGCGUCGACCUCGAAGGAGAGACGCGGACCUUGAGAAUCAUUCGCCAUCUGUUUAAUAGUUUUGGAGUAACAGCUGCAGGCUCCGCAAAACUUGGAAAAUGACUCCCACCGAAUCUUCUCAAAAGGCAUGUCACAAGGGCUCAAGUCGAACAUAUUGAAGGAAAGCACACGUGAGAAGAUUUGAAAAUGCAGAGGGAAAGAAACUAAAAGAAGGAUGAAAAGCGACAUGAUGGCGUGGGCCUCUUGGAUUGGGAGCAGUGAGGGGAUACGUGCCAGAUAAAGCACACAAAUGAGGACGCUGGAUGUGUUGUACUGAAGAAGAAGAAGAGCAGAGAGGAAUAAGUAAUCAAACUGAAGGUCAGAAAAUGCCAAGUGGGAGGUCAGAAAGGUACGCCGCCCCUCUUCUCCCACUCAGUCUCCAUCACACAUGCAAUGUUACGGUGCAGAGAGGCUACCAGUCUGAGGCUCAAUGCAAACUGGACCUUUUUGUGAGAGGGGGGAAAAGUCUUCGAUCAGCAUCGGAACAAUUUGGCAUUUCCGGGCGUACCUCCGCAUCCAUCCAGGAGGAGAGGAGAAGAAAGAGGCACAGAGACUAGUGCAGCACGCCAUAGAACCCCGGCCUCUGUAAAGAUGGCUGACUCGGACCACAGCGGCCUAACAUUAACAAGUCUCAGCUUAUCAGUGCCCUGUUCUCCGGCCACAUCGAGGAAUGACUGCAGCAUCACGCCACUCACACCGUCACCCUCGCCGAGGGCGGAGGUCAGACCCAGGAUGACUUGUCCCUUCCUGGUUGUUGUGGCGAUAGACUUUGGGACAACCUCUAGCGGUUAUGCUUUCAGCUUCGCGCAGGACUCUGAAGCCAUCCACAUGAUGAAGCGUUGGGAGGGCGGGGACCCCGGUGUAGCCAAUCAGAAGAGCCCAACGUGUCUGCUGCUGACUCCCGAAUUGCGCUUCCACAGUUUCGGGUUUGUGGCGAGGGACUUUUACCAUGACCUGGAUCCAGACGAAGUCCGGCAUUGGCUGUACUUUGAUAAGUUCAAGAUGAAGAUCCACAGUACAUGUGAUCUCACCAUGGAGACUGAGCUGGAGGCUGUCAACGGUCGGAGAGUCCGAGCUAUCGAAGUGUUCGCACACGCUCUGCGCUUCUUCAGGGAGCAUGCUGUGAAGGAGGUUAAGGAGCAGUCCUCGCGCGUGAUAGAGGGGGAGGAGAUCCGAUGGGUGAUCACAGUUCCCGCCGUGUGGCGACAACCUGCCAAGCAAUUUAUGAGAGAGGCUGCAUACCUGGCCGGUCUGGUGUCCCCCGACUGUCCCGAGCAGCUCCUCAUCGCUCUGGAACCAGAGGCGGCCUCCAUUUACUGUCGCAAGCUCCGCCUCCACCAGGUAACCGACCUCAGCCAGCAGCCAAUCACAAAUGGGAUGGACGCCAAUGGAUCGCGGCCCUUUGACUCCAGCUUCAGACGAGCCAGGGAGCAGCUGCGGCGGUCCAGACACAGCAGGACCUUCAUGGUGGAGAGUGGAACCGGAGAACUGUGGUCUGAGCUCCAGACGGGUGACAAGUACAUCGUAGCAGACUGCGGCGGAGGAACAGUCGACCUGACAGUGCAUCAAAUUGAGCAGCCUCAGGGGACACUUAAGGAACUCUACAAGGCCUCAGGCGGGUCGUAUGGAGCUGUUGGCGUGGACUUGGCCUUUGAGGCCAUGCUCUGCCAGAUCUUUGGUGAGGACUUCAUCCAGACCUUCAAAGAUAAGCGGCCGGCCGCCUGGGUGGACCUCACUAUCGCAUUUGAGGCCAGGAAGCGGACGGCGGCCCCGGGCAGAGCCAACGCCCUCAACAUCUCCCUGCCCUUCUCUUUCAUCGACUACUACAAGCGGCACCGGGGGCACAGUGUGGAGGCUGCCCUGAGGAGGAGCAACAUGAACAUUGUCAAGUGGUCGUCCCAGGGAAUGCUGCGACUCACCCAGGAGGCCGUGAACGAGCUCUUCCAGCCCACCAUCUCCAACAUUGUCCGACACAUCGAUGAGCUGAUGUGCAAGCCAGAGGUGAUUGGCGUGCGUUUCCUCUUUCUGGUGGGCGGUUUUGCAGAGUCGCUCAUGCUGCAGAGAGCGGUCCAAAAAGCGCUGGGCCGCACGUGCCGCAUCAUCAUCCCCCAUGAUGUGGGUCUGACCAUCCUGAAGGGGGCUGUGCUGUUUGGGCUGGACCCCACAGUGGUGCGAGUGCGUCGAUGCCCACUGACAUACGGCGUUGGAGUCUUGAACCGCUUUGUGGAGGGUCGCCACCCACGGGACAAGCUCCUCAUCAAGGAUGAGCGUGAGUGGUGCACCGACAUCCUGGACCGCUUCGUGUCCGUGGAUCAGUCGGUGGCUCUGGGCGAGGUGGUGAGGAGGAGCUACACGCCGGCUCGCCGUGGCCAAAGGAAGAUCAUCAUCAACAUCUAUUGCAGCACCACGGAUGAUGUGACGUACAUCUCUGACCUGGGGGUCAGGAAAUGCGGGAUGAUGACUUUGGACCUGCCUGAGCAGGCAUCUCCAGCGGGAGCAUCAGGGCCAGCAGGAGUAGGACAGGUGCGCAGGGAGAUCAGGGCCAGCAUGCAGUUUGGUGACACAGAAAUCAAAGUCACAGCCAUGGACGUCAUCUCCAAACGCUCAGUCAAGGCUUCCAUUGACUUCCUGUCUAACUGAAGGAUCAAAAUACUGCCUUGACUUCCUGUCUAACUGAAGGAUCAAAACACUUUCUACAAACUGUGACACUUUAAAAAAAGAAUCCAAAUAGAAUCAAAUAAUUUGUAGAGUAAUAUAGCAAAAUACUGUUCAUCCUGGAGUGCUUCUCGAUAUCAUCUUACCUCAUUUUAUUCCAAGUCUGCAUGCUCAUUGCUGUUCGACCAAUCAGUGGCAGAAAGUAUUAACUAGAAGAAUGCAUCAGCGGAGUAAUAUUUCAUAGGCAGCCAUCGCUCUCAAUAAUGUUUCAUUUUUUGUUGGGCUAAUCAAUUGCUACGAGUGGCAUAAAUCAAACAACUAGAUUCAUAUUUUCCAUAGUAGAUUGUCUUUUGAAGCAAGACAUGUUCCAUAAUCAGCGCUGCUGUCUGGGUGAUGCUAAAAGAACACAAAAGGAGCAGGAAAGUAACUUCUUAAUCUGUGCAUUUAUUGUUAAGUUUGU